AUGACACCAAUGACCAUCGCUCCACUGCUGAAGGAAGCCGCUGAGCUGAAGAUCAUUCAGUAUGACCAAUUGAAACAAGGCUUCAAGACUCGCUAUGGCAUCGGUAUUACACAGCCUAUCGAUGUUGCAAUUCAUGAGAGAGUUGCUGCCCUUGUGAAAGACAUCCAGCAAUUUGACUCCCAUCUCGAGAACGACGACGACCUCACGAUUAUGGCACGUUAUGUCGAGCAAACUGAGAACGAGAACUGCAUUUCCAACGAAAAACUUCAGAAAUUCGAGGAGCAGCUGCUGGAAAAACUGCACAAACAAACAACCCGUUUCGAAGCUACGUCACUUCAUCUGGAUCUGAUGAGGGAAGCGAUGAACGCCGACCAUGCUGUCGCAUCUUCACCUACGAAGCAUGAACAUGUCUCUUCAGCGUUAGACGACGACUUUGAAGUUGUCGAAAAUGGACUUGAAGAACUGCUGGAAACAUUCGAGGCCGAAACAUUCACCGUGAAGAACGUCGACGUCGAGAUACUUGAAAGUUAUCUUGCACACCUCAUGGAAGGAGACGGCAGCUCGCAUGCGCUGUCCAAGUUGCGCGAAAGUAUGCAUCAGUAUGGUAACGAUCUACUUGAAGGAAUCUCCGAAAUCGAGGAAGACGAGCUCGAGUGGUGUAUCAUGGACUUGCUCAAGAACGACCUUAUCAGUAACGAGAAGAAGAAGACUCUCGAGGGCUACAUGCAGAACAGCUUCGCGAUCAAAGAGCUUCUCGGUGCAAUCAACCUGAAAUCUAUCCGCCACUGGAACUGGACGAACGUGGACAAAGGACUGCCCGUCACCGCUCGCCAGGAUGCCGACGGCCAACACCACAUCACCGUUGAAGAAGACCUCGGUGAUAUGCUCUUCUUGCACUGCACAGCUAUCGGCUGGGCUCAGAAGCUCAAAAGCUGCCUCUCCGAUUAUGCUAAAUACCAUUCUCUGCUCGACAGGAGAGACAUUUGUCCUGAAAAACAAAAAGAGCGAGAGUUCUUCCUUGGGAUCAUGCCGUUCGAACCCGUUGAAGGCAACUGCCUUAACUGUAAGAUCUACUAUCCCCAUAUGCCGCCUCCCCUACCCCCAGGGUAUCCACACGAUGUCUGCGCCAUACCAACUAGGAGAAAAAAGAGCAAGGUCUGCUACCCACGACACGUACUGCCUCCGCCUCCACCCCCUCACAUCAUGAUGCCUCCACCCCCACCUCCGCCACCUCCAGUGUUCUACGGCAGCCUCGACGACGUAAGGCACGCAAUCUACAUGCGUGAUUUCUUCAUGUCCAGACUUCCAGUUCAAGACGGCUGUAGACCUAAGUUCGUGCAUACAAAGGAGAUUCAAAGCAGCCUGAUCAAGACGCUUGCUGCUGAGAUCAAACUUCGCAUGACCUUCGACCAGCAGUACGGCUGUUCGGUGGUCGACUUCAACUCGCUGGCAUCAGCACUACCGCAUCAAACAGUGCUUGCAGUUCUGAAGUUUAUCGGGGUACCGGAAGCAUUCGUCGACUUUUUUGCCCGGUUCCUCGCAGCAACCUUGAACCUUGGUCCUGCAGUGCGUGGUACACCGGACCGCGUCCUUACUCGGGCUUGCGGUGUACCUGAUCGCCAUGGGUUGGAACUUCUGUUCACAGAAGCGGUAAUGUUCUUUGCUGAGCUAGCUGUCAGCAGGAAGACGGGUGUGCACCUCUAUCGUCUCGGAGCCAAAUGCUAUGUAGUGGGCGCCCGGGAACAGCGCGAACAAGCUUUGCGUGUGCUAUCUGCAUUCUCGCACCACACAGGUUUGGGAUUUGAAAAUUUUUCCACGCACUCUGAACACAUCAGCAUUGGAUUCCUGGAACUGACAGCGAAUAACGUCAGCAUCAAAAGUUCCAUGGUUGAGGCCUAUGCUCAUCGCGUGAAGACGCAGCUUUCGAAACAAUCUACAGUAUACGAUUGGAUACGAGUCUGGAACAACAGCAUUGGAAACUACACUUCUCAUCUUUUCGGCCCACUCGCAGAGGUUUUCGACCAGUCGCAUCUGGAGGCUAUCAAAUCUGCUCACAAGCGUAUCUUCGAUAUCGUCUUGGAGGGAAGCAGCCUGACUGAUUACGUCAAACACAUGCUGCGCACUCGUUCCGACUUCGCUCGCACGUGUCCACCUCUUACUCUUGAAGCUAUGAUAUAUCUUCCCCAAGCAUUCGGUGGCUUGGGGGUCAAGAACCCGUUCGUCAAGUUCAACCUUGCACGCAAGAUGAUUGCGGACCCCAACACCAUCAUCCAGGGAUAUCUUGAUGCGGAGACCAGUUACUACGAAGCAGCGCUCAGGAACUGGUCUGCGCUCAAACCAGAACACAUCUCGAAGAAGCUCAGUAGCAUUUUCCAGAACAAUGACGAAGCAAUCACUGCUGCUCUGGGCGCAGACUGUGCAAUCGGCACCUUCAUCUCCAAGGAGUCCCUCACUACACAUCGCGAAUACGAGGCAUUUCCACGUCUUCCAUUUUCUCUCCUUCGAGAUGUCCCGCCACCGCCACCGCCUUACGAUGGAAACAAGCUAACGCCUCAUCUUGACCUUACGUACCAGACACUCCUCCUCGAGCCUUUCGACGACAUCACGGCCAGCGAGCGCGUCAAAGACGAUGUGCGGAGUCACGGCUCACGGAAACGCUGGGACCAGCUGAGCCCCGAGGACAAGUGGGUGCUGCAACUGUACGGCGAUGAUUGUCUCGAGAGGUACGGGACAUUGGAGAUGUGGUUCGAGAAGUGUAUUCCGAUGUACUGCAUGUCCGUUGUCAGGGGCGUCAUUUGGGAAGACGACGGUGAUGACGACGAUGAUAGUAGUGUGAGUACUUACAUGACCUCGGUAGCGUGA